UCAAGGCAAAAGGAAACAUAUUUAAAAAGAGAUAACCAGAAGAGGAAAUCAUGGCUGAUAAACACUCACAUAAUAUUGCUGUAGAUGAUGAAGAAAGCCAAAGCAAUGGCAGCAAAAUUCAGCCUCUCAACGCAACUCCACCGCCUCACGAUGAGAAAAGGAAACACCAAACUCUAACGCUAACUGAGCUACUCGGAUUAAACGAGCUUGCAUCAUCUGAGUUAUGGCGAGCAUCGGUGGGAGAGGUGAUCGGAACGGCGGUUUUGGUAUUCAUGCUAGACACAAUCGUGAUCUCAACCAUCGACGCCGACAUCAAGAUGCCGAAUUUGGUGUUAUCGGUGCUCGCCGCCGUGAUCAUCACCAUCCUCCUCCUCGCCGUGCACCCCGUCUCCGGCGGCCACAUCAACCCGAUCAUCUCCUUCUCCGCCGCCUUGGUCGGAAUUAUCUCCAUGGCGCGAGCCGUCGUCUACAUCGUAGCGCAGUGCCUGGGCGCCGUGCUCGGCGCGCUAGCUCUCAAAGCAGUGGUGAGUAGUACGUUGGAGCAUAAUUUCUCACUCGGGGGUUGUACGUUGACGGUUUUAGCGGCAGGGCCCAAUGGGCCGGUUUCGGUGGGCCUGGACACGGCCCAGGGGUUUUGGCUUGAGUUGUUUUGUAGUUUUAUUUUUCUGUUUGCAUCGAUAUGGAUGGCGUAUGAUCACAGGCAGGCCAAGCAGUUGGGCCUUGUGCUAGUGUUUGGGAUAGUAGGGGUGGUUUUGGGCUUGCUGGUGUUCGUUUCGACAUCGGUGACGGGGCAGAAGGGGUACGGUGGGGCUGGGAUGAAUCCGGCUAGGUGCAUUGGGCCGGCGAUAGUGAGGGGUGGGCACUUGUGGGAUGGGCAUUGGGUGUUUUGGGCCGGGCCGGCGAUAGCAUGUGUUGUUUUUUAUUUGUACACCAAAAUCAUUCCAAGCCAGCAUCAUAAGGCUAAGGCUUAUGACCAUGAUGUCUACAACGUUUUCAAGGUUAUGUUUGGGACCAAGACUAUGUAAUGAGUAGUACUCUUUCUUUUCUGCACAUGUUAGUUUGUACCCAUUAUCAAAUGAUAUAAUAAGUUGUCUUUGAUAAUAUCUGUUG